GGCCUCGACGCUGACAUCUCACAGGCUUCAGGUAUAGGACUAAGCAGUGAAGCCUUGGGCGAUUUCCAGGAGUUGAAGCUCAAGAAGUCUUACAGAUACAUUCUCUACGGACUGAACUCUGCUCGGACCGAGAUAGUCGUUCUGAAAACCUCAACAGCAGAGGACUAUGACGACUUCAUUGCUGAUCUUCCUGAUAGCGAGUGCAGAUGGGCAGUCUACGAUUUUCAGUUUGAGGUGCCGACAGGCGGCAAACGAAAUAAGUUAGUCUUUAUCUCAUGGGCACCAGAGACCGCAAGAAUCAAGGAGAAGAUGCUAUAUGCCGCGGCCACGGAUAGACUCCGGACAUCACUAAAUGGCAUAGCAGUUGACAUAUCUGCCACAGAGCAGAGCGAGGUUUCAUAUGAAGCUGGUACUGUACCCAUCGCCUAUUUCCCCUAG